CAAGAGCUCACUUUGAAGUGGAGCAUCAGUGGAGGAGCUGCGAGCUUCAUCUGCUCCUCAGCAGCGUCUCAAACUCCGAUUUUGCGACGCGAUUUUAGCAACAACGUCCUUUAUUUUUUCAGUGUGCGUGUGUUUAAUUUGGAUUAACUUUGUGGAAGAUACUUUGGCGGAAAAUGAGCGCGACUCUCAGCUCCCGUGGAUGAUGAUGUCCCACGAUGAACACAGAUUUUCAAAAUCCGUUGCAAGUCCCUCGACCGAAAGUCCGCAGUCAUCUGACCAUCAAGGUGCAGUCCAAGCUGAUGUCAAGGCCUUGUCCCUCUGUGCGUGGCUCAAAUCUUCCUCUUGCCCCAAAGCCCAAACCUUUCUAUGAGUUUAUACCGCAGAGGGAGAGCCUCAGUAAUGGAGACCUGUCUCAUUCAAAUGGCGAAACGGGUCCUCAUGAGACGGCUGAGGAAAACCAGGACAACGAAGGGAAAACCGAGACAGAGGGGAAGGUUGAUGACGUAGCUGAAGGAGAAGUUAAGGUCGAAAGAGAGGAGGGUAAAACAAUAUUUAAUAAUAAAGACGAAGACAUCGACAGUCUUGGCUCUGAAGACACAGUUAUAGAGGAUGACGGUUCGGCCUCAGACACCACGGAUGAUGGAAAUCCUGACAAUGACCCAAAUCAGCCUAAUGCUGGCCUAAACAAAGAUAAUGAUACAUUGACCCUUUCUUCCUCUCCAAAUGAAAACAAGGAGGUGGUAUCUAGCAAGGAAGAGGAAGGGGACCCACAUGGACUUAGUGGAAAGACUGUUAUAAACUUGGAUGAACAAAAGCUUGAUCAAAUGUAUUCACUCAGUCAGGGUGAGACAGACUUUAUUCAGUUUGACUUGUCGGCAGAAGAUACUGAGCUGGAUGUUGGAAGAUUUGUAUUUGGAUUCUGCACGCUCCCAACUGUAACUGAGGAGUAUCCCUACGAUGUGAUUGGCCCCACAGAAGGCGCUAGUGAUACAUGUGAGUCUUGUGACCCGGCUGAAAGUGGAGAUGCUGAAGUAUGGCAACCAGAACGUGCCACCAAAGAUGUCUCGGGCUGUUUUCGGUUUACAUCCAGCAAUGAGGAUGUGUUUGGCCCAUAUUCAGUAAUCGAAGCUGUCCCGUCUGAUAUGACUUGUACUGCUGAUCCUGAAUGGGGUGAGGAAGACAUUAAUGACAAGACCUCGAAUGAUCAGCAGACAUCAGGUGCUUCAAACCAAGAACCUUUCUAUGUGUCUUCAGAUGAUGUGGAAAAACUGGAAGAUAAGCAAACCCUAAUAGAGCAGGCCGAGGCUGAAGAAGUACAACACUUGAAUCAGCAUAAAGACAAGGCAAAAGACACUGAGUCAGCAGAUGAGUAUGCAGACAUUCGGGAUUCUCCUUGCCCUAAAAUUGAUGACUUUGAAAAGUUAGAGUGUGUCUCAUCAGAAGAUUACGUGGAAAUUGGUGAUGAGGAUGUAGAAGAGCAGACGGAAAAGAAACAUGUCAAAGGAAAAAGUGCAAAGGAGAGAACAGCUCAACGAGAGCAGGCUAUCCUAAGCCAAAGAAAAAGCUGCCAGCCUCGUUUAAGGUUAUGCAACAUCACUGUACCAAAAGACUUAGACCUGGGCCGCACUCCAGAGCUCACCAACAGGGUGGUGUUUGCCCACACCACUGAGGCGUUUGAAGAAGACAUAGAAGAACUUGAUUGCCAUAUUGUGCCUUUCUAUGAGGACACAGACUCAGACAGUGAGGAGCAUAUUUAUGAGGAAGCAGGGUUUGACUCAGAAGGGGAGAACUUUUUGAACAUAGAUAGAAAGACCAUUGUGACACGUUCUCGCUCUUAUUCUGGCAAAAUUCCUGGUUAUGUCCCAGAAACCGUGCCCGAGGAGACAGGGACUGAGUACCAAACGCAUGACUACUGCACAGUGGCCUUGGAUAGAAGCAGUGAAACGAUCAGCCAAUCACAGGCGCCAGGGGACAACUGCCUGAUCCCGUCUACGAAGUCUCGCCGCUUCCUUCUGUACUCCCGUUCUGCGGGGAGUCCAGAAGCAUCCUUGGCUGACCAAUCUCCAAAGGACGAGUUAAGGAUGAAGAGGAAAGAUGACACUCUCUCACUUCCAUGUGUCAUGUCAUCUUCUGGGAGCUUCUCCCAAAGAAGCCACCAGUCGUCUAGCGGUGUUUCCACUCCAACCUCUCUAGUGGACAUCCCCCCACCCUUUGAACUGGCAUACAUUACCAAAAAACCCGUAACAAAGAGUUCCCCUUCUCUUUUGAUCCAGCAUGAGCCCGACGACCAAUUUAAAAAGAAGAAAAUCUCCUUUAAGCGGUUUUUGGCUCUCAAAUUUAAGAGAAAGACAGACUCAAAAGGUUUUAGUGAUGGUUCUGUUCGUUCAUCUCGAUCUUCUUCUGAGUCCAGUCAUCAUGGCCCGGCAAGAGUCAUUGAGCUUGACCGUAGAAGCAACGGCAGCUCCCCUCAGCUGCAGUCUCAUAUUGUAAACCCCCAUCAGCGUCUUUCAGACAGGACAUCAAACUUGGUCCUCUAUAAAGAUCAUCAGAGGAGGAAAAGUGAACUCAAAGCUUAUGGCAGAGGUGUCUUCAGAGUUGAGUCCUUCGAGGAACGCUCUCAUCGCUCCGCCAUGCCGUUGCCUUUAACGAAGCCCCGCUCAAUUUCCUUCCCCAGUGCAGACACCUCUGACUAUGAGAAUAUUCCGGCUAUGAGCUCUGACUAUGAGAACAUUCAAAUUCCAGGCAGACCAACCAGAUCACACACUGUGACUGAGUUUUUUGAGGAUCCAAAUCGCAUGACAGCUUCCUGCAAUGAGAACGAUGGCUACGUGGACAUGAACAGUUUCCCGGGGAUAGACAGCAAGUCCCAGACAACAAAAGCCGAUGCUGAAAGUGCCUACACUGAACCAUUCCCACUGAGCGCAGUCUCUGCUGGGUCAGCCGAGGAGGACCACGGACGGACCUCGGAAGAAGAAGAAGGGGCAGCUGAGCAAAAUUAUGAUCGACAGAUUGAUGGGCGAUCCCGAGCGUUCUACAUUGCCAAAGAGCUUGUCGAUUCUGAGAGACUACACGUCAGUGCCCUCAAGUACCUUCAAGAGGACUUUAGGCCAGCGGUGGCUGAAGCCGUGGGGGAGGACGGCAAUCCAGUUGUGGAGGAGCAGAGGUUGGAGGAGAUAUUGGGUGUUCUUCCUCAGGUCUUCACCCUCCAUAGCAACAUUUUGGCUGAACUGGAAGAGCGCAUUAGUCAAUGGGAGGAAGGCCAACAGGUGGUAGAUGUUAUCUUGUCACAUCGUGAGGACUUUAAGGUGUUUGACACCUUCAUCUCUGAGUAUGAUCGCAGUAUGUCCAUACUGGAAGAGAGCUGCAGAAUCAACUCUGCCUUCACCAGCAUUGUCAAGAAAUUUGAGAGGAAGAGUCCAGAAGAUGCCGAAGUCCCCCUGAAAUACCAGCUACUGCAGGUCGUCGUGAGAAUACUGCAAUACCGCAUGCUUCUCACAGAUUAUCUGAACAACCUCUCCCCUGAUUCCAAAGAAUACGAGGACACGCAAGCUGCCUUGGUGAUUGUGUCCGAGGUGGCGGACCAGGCCAACGAUAAUUUGAAACAGGGGGAGAACUUGCUGCGUAUGGUCCACAUAGAAUACAGCAUGAAGGGCAAGAGGGAUGUCCUGAAGCCUGGCCGGAUGUUUGUAAAAGAGGGAACACUUAUGAAGGUCUCCAGGAAAAGCAGACAGCCACGACAUCUAUUUCUGAUGAAUGAUAUAAUGCUGUACACCUACCCACAGCAAGAUGGGAAAUACAGGCUGAAGAACACUUUGUCUCUGUCUGGGAUGAAGGUGAGCAAACCUGUUCUAGAUAAUGUGCUGAACUGCCUUAAGAUUGAGGUGUCAGACAUCACCAUCAUACUCUCUGCCAGCUCGAUUGGAGAGAGGGAAGACUGGUUCCAUACAUUGAGUCGGGCCAUUGCAGAUCACGCUGCAGGGCUCUGUACAUUUGGAGGAUCCAGCAAUGAGGCGCGUGAGAAGCUGUGGAUGGCCUUGGGCGAAGCUGCUCCAGUUCUGGUGCCUGUUUCUCAUGUGAUGAUGUGCAUGAACUGCACUUCUGACUUUAGCCUCACUCUCCGACGACAUCACUGUAACGCCUGUGGCAAGGUGGUGUGUCGAGCUUGCUCCAGGAACAGGUAUCCACUUAAGUACCUCAAAGACAGAGUGACCAAAGUGUGCGACCACUGCUAUGCAGAGCUCAGGAAAAGAGGCUGCAGUGUGUCGGGGGCAUGCGGCAAUUCAAGUCCACGCUCCCAACGGGCCAGUCGUCCCCUCUCGGCCGUCUUCCAAAGUCUGCAGACACAAAGUCUUUGGAAGAGCAGGAAGAGCACAGCGUCUCUCAGUCAAUUGCCUCUUGAGGUGGAGGGCUCCACCAUGAGCGGCAUCUUGCAGCGGCGAAAGAAGAGCAAGAGGAAAUGGAAACGUCUGUGGUUCCUUCUCAAAGACAAGGUGCUCUACACCUUCACAGCCUGUGAGGAUAAAGUGGCUUCAGAAAGUCUCUCGCUGCAAGGCUUCACCGUCAAGCUGACCGAGAGGCCCGAGGGCGAUGAGACCAGCAACGUGUUCCAUCUGUACCACAAGAAGACCCUCUACUAUACCUUCAAGGCUGAUGAUCAUCACACAGCACGCAGGUGGGUCAACGCCAUUGAGGAGGCCACCGUUUUAUAGCACCAACAAACAGCCCACACUGCCAUAAACAAUGUACUUCCAUGAAGACUGUAGAGUUUUUUGCCGAGACCUUCAUCCGAUCACAUCCUGCCUUUCAUUGGAAUCUGUUCUGGAAUCUGCCUGACUGACUGAAAGGAGGCCUCCUUGUGGUAAGGCAAGUCAAAGAACGCUUCAAAAGCCUGUCAGCCUCGAAUCUAGCGCACACCUUUUGGUUGUUAGUACUGUAGUGUGACAAGCCUGUGCCGGAACAUUCACUGUGCAGGAGCAGCUAGGGUCUGAUGAAAUGAAUGGAACUGGUUAAGUUUCUACCCUGCGACUUCUGCAGACCGACUUUAUUUUUCUACCUGUAAACAUGAUUAUUGUGUUCUGCAAGAUGACAUUUUAUUGAGCAUUUUAUAGGCAUAAUACACAUGGCUUACUGUUAUGGAUGUUACAGUAGGCUAUUACUGAAAUGUUUUAUGCCUUGUUAAAUUUUAGUGUUAUAUUGAAAAACUAUGGACACCCUACACCAAUGGUUCUCAAACUUUUUUUUACCAAGUACCACCUCAGAAAAAAAGUGGCUCUCCAAGUACCACUGUAAUUACCCAAAUAGCAUAGUAGGCCUAAGUAUUCAUUAAAAACAAGGCAGAUGUUUUAUUUAACAUCCAUUCAUCCAUUUUCUACCGCUUAUUCCCUUUGGGGUUGCGGGGGGCGCUGGUGCCUAUCUCAGCUACAAUCGGGCUGAAGGCUGGGAAGGCCCUGGACUAGUCGCCGCCUCAUCACAGGGCCAACACAUAGACAGACCAGUUUUAUUUAACAAUUACGUUUAAUAUUUUUGGCCACUGUAACAUUACAAAUAGUUUGAGUAUAGGAAAAAAAAACACUGUACUUUAAACAAAUGAUUGUUUUGAGAGGAGCCCACGUACCCCAAGUGGUACACAUACCACAGUUUUGAAUCCCUGUGCACACUAUUCCAGAUUAGCCUCCAUUUAGGGCUGGGCGAUAUGACAGAAAACUGUAUCGCCGUAUAAGUGUUCUAUAUUGGUCGAUAACGAUAAUUAUUGAUAUUAUUUAUGACCUAUCGAAAAUGCAUGAAAUAUAAACAUUUUUAUUUCAAAGAUAACCUUCCUGUUAUUAUAAUCCUCACAGCUAUUGAGGCAGAAAGGAAAAUAAAUGUAAACACAUCCAUGGAAAACACUUAAGCAAUGUAAACAAUAAACAAUACCUUUUAAAAUGAAGGCGCAAAAAUAAGGAUUAUUUAAGAAAUGCUGACUAAUGUGUAACUCAAUACUGCAAAGUGUGAAAAUGUAAACAUAGAGAAGUCUGUAAAGAACUAUUGUCUGCAGUUUUAGUGCCAGGCUGUGCUCUAAAGGGUGAGCACGGGCUAAGGUGGUGUGGUAUCAUCUUGCAUCAUUGACAGACCACACUGGUCUGACUACGUUCUAUUCAAAAAAAUCCCAAUUACCGUAUUUUCCGGACCAUAUGGCGCACCGGAUUUUAAGGCGCACUGCCAAUGAAUGGUCUAUUUUCAAUCUUUUUUCAUAAAUAAGGUGCACCGGAUUAUAGGGCACAUUAAAGGAAUCAUAUUAUUGUUUUUUUUUUCUAAAUUGAAAACACUUCCUGGUUGUCUACAUAACAUGUAAUGGUGGUUCUUUGGUCAAAAUGUUGUAUCGAUAAUGUUUUACAGAUCAUCUUCCAGCCACCUUGCGGGCAGUCUUAUUUACGUGGCUCACUUUCGGCAGCGUCUUCUACCCGACAUCUUUGUUUUAGCGUUGUAGCGUGCAAGGACGGGAGUGGAAGAAGUGUCAAAAGAUGGAGCUAACUGUUUUAAGGACAUUCAGACUUUACUUAAAUCAAUAACGGAGCAGCAUCCUCUCAUCCGUAAACAACAACAAGGCCGGAAAUGUGUCCCGUGAAAAAAACGUCCGUUCGGAACUCUCUAAUAACUAAUGUUCCUUGGGUGAAUGAUCUAAACUAACUACACAGGUAUGUUUUAAGGCUUUAAUGGCAAGUUUACUGACAGAUAUAAGUAAGAACUUUACACUACUUUAUAUUAGAAAUGGCAACAGCGGAGGAUGAAUGUCCCAUAACAAGAAAAUGGAGAAAAAGAAGAAGCUUAUCGACUAAGGCUUCGUCACGGACUGCACAGGCGGACCCAUGAAUUGAUUAGAUUAGAUUAGAUUGAAUAGUACUUUAUUUAUCCCUUCAGGAGAGUUCCUUCAGGAAAAUUUACAUUUUCAGGACAAUCCCAUUCAAGAUCAGACAAACAUUACAGGGAGACAGAACAGGAUCGCUGACUAACGUGGACCCCGACUUAAACAAGUUGAAAAACUUAUUCGGGUGUUACCAUUUAGUGGUCAAUUGUACGGAAUAUGUACUGUACCGUGCAAUUCACUAAUAAAAGUUUCAAUCAAUCAAUCAAACCGUGCAAUUUUUCAGGAUUUAUGCAGAUCCCAAAUAAAGAUUAGCAUGUACCAGAAGGUAAGAAUAUUGCGAAACAAAACGUCAGAUAAUGUCUUACCUUAUACACACACCAUAAUAAUACUCAUAUGUUUAAUGCGCCAACAAUGCAUCAAGCGAUGCGGCGUCAUAGCUUACCAAAGUCGUACUAAAACAUUUUGAUACAUUUUUGAACGCCGUGUGUAAAUUUCUAUAUAUUUAAUGGAACAUAUAAAAUGUCGAUGUUGUUUACUUGAGUCAUAUUGCCAUCAUAUUGCAGUCUACACCUAUCUCUUAUGUUUGACUGCCAUCUACUGGUCACACAUGUCAUUGCAACAUGUAACAAAUAAAAUUGCUUCGAGGUCGGUAAGCAAAACCAGAAUGAAUCCUUACAUUAGGCGCACCGUCGAGUUUUGAGGGGAAAAAAGGCUUUUGAGUGCACCUCAUAGUCCAGAAAAUAUGGUAUGUUUCUAUUACUAAUGUUUUAUUGCCCAGCCCUAUUUCCAUUCUUACCACCAGGGUGUGCUAUUAUGUAUCCCAUUGUCUCCAGCAUACACGCCACUCAACAAUAUUACACUUAAUAACAUGUUUCCCAUCAGUAGGAUUCAAAGUAGCAUUUUUUUUUCCUGCAAAUGAUGAUGAAUGUGCCUGAUACUGAAAUGUAUUUGUUAUCAUGUUACGCAAUACUGUUCUAUUCUUCCCUCCAGAUGAACAUGUGCUUUUUUGAAAUCUAUUGUACUGUUAUAGACAGAAUAUAAUAUUGUGCCAUUUUAGGGUUGUAAAUAGGCUGCUGUUGUACAUCAUACUUACAAUGUCGAAAUGACUCCGAAUUUGAAGCAUCAUCUUUCCUUACUGUAUAUAAACUUUGAUGAAAUAACAUCCAUCCAUGCGUGAUUAAAACAUAUCACUGAUAUGUACUGUAUUUGGGUAUGAAUAAGUGUGACUUGAUCCUUUUGGUUUGAUUAUUACGCAUUGUAAUGUAGUUAUAAGCAGUUAUUAGAGCUCUUUAUUAAAGCAGGGCAUUUGUCAACACUUCUUUUAUAAAUAAAAAAAAAAGAGAAAUUAUAUCAUAUUAUACAGUAUGGAGAUUUGUUUUUCUAUGCUUAUCCAGCAUCCGUCGUUUUGGGGGUAUAAAUAAAGGUGUUUGCUUACAACAGCAUUAUGUUGUGUUUGAACUAUUUAUUAUCUCACACUACAGUUUAGAAGAAGAAACAAUAUACCCAAGGUGUGUUAUUAUAUGUGAUACCGAAAGCUCCUUACUUCAUUUUUAUUGCUUUGUGUUUGAUAAUAUUUCAAGUGUUACAUGAGAUUGUACCUCCUGCAUACACUGCAUUGUAAAUGUUUAUGUAUAUAGAUGAAUAAUGAAAUAAAUGAAGAAAACCUG